UAUCAUAUUUCUUCAGAUGAUUUUCUUGAUAAAAUAUAUCCUUUUAAAAAAUUAUUACCAAAAGAUUUAGCUAAAGACCUGGUGAAAUUUUAUAUUGCACCGAAUAGGAAACCAAAUAUUGUCGAAAUUCAGCCUCCUAGAAUAUCAAAGCAUAUUUGUGAUUAUGAUUCAAUUUUAAUUAAGAAUCAUCAUUUUGCUGUUUUUGCUAGUUGGAUUGAUAAGAAAAAUAAUUUACUACAUUAUAACAUGAAGAAUAUUCCUUAUAAUUUUGAUUUACUUUAUCGUGUUAGUAGAGAUAGUAAUACACCAGCAACAUAUCAUGCUAAAUGCGAUAACAAGGGGCCCACCAUAGUCGUAGUAAAAAUCUCAAAUUCAGAAAAAAUAGUUGGGGGGUAUAAUCCACUCAUUUGGAUUUCAACAAAUCAAGUUAAAUCUACAAACGAUAGUUUUAUAUACUUAUUUACUGAUGGGAUAGAUACAAAAAGUGCAAAAGUAAGUUACAGUAACGGUGAUAAUUAUUCCAUAAGAAAUUUAGCUCCAUAUGGUCCAGGAUUUGGUCAAGGUUCAGACUUAAUAUGUCGCAAUGAUGGUCAGUGCUACAGCUUUCCAUCAAAUUCUUAUCCUAAAAUUGAUGGUAUUCCGGGAGGAAUAUUCCCUAUAGAUGAUUAUGAAGUUUUUGAAGUCAUUAAAAAAUAAA